AUGUCUGGACAAGGAGUUUCCCACCAGGGCAUCACCGCCCCCGGCCUCAGCGAGGCGGACCAGAACAUCAACAACACCACCGAGGAUAUCAGCAACAAGGCUUCGGGUCACAAGGCCAAUUUGAGCAACCCCAGUAUGCUUACUCCCUCGCUCGACUCCCCUGUUGUGGACACUAGCGAAGAGUCCAAGAAGAAGUCUGCUGAGGCGCUCAAGGCACUUGGUGGCGAGGAUGCUUUCUACGGAAAGCAGGGUAAGGGCGAGUAG